UGAGGGGCGCUCCCGGGGCGUCGCUGCCCCGCGGGGGCUCUGAGGCGCUCGGACAGCCUCUUCCCUGGGGCUUCCCGCUUCGCCCAGCAGUGUCUCCAGCUCCUGGACCUUUUGACACCCCCUCCCCCAGGGCUCCUGCUGCGAGGACCGCCCAUGGAAACUUGCUGGGCAGAGAGGAGGCGGCGGGAGAGCGGCCCCCGGGCUGUGACUGGCAUCCCGAGUUGCGGGUAAGGGCGGGCGCUCUCCGCAGCCGGUGGCCAGGCCAGGUGCGGGGAAUAGAGCUGCGGCCCGGAGGAGCACUUUUCCGCGUUUCAGAGACUGCUGGGCAGGUAAGCCAUUCUACUUGCCCAUGAGACUGAGACCAUUAUAAUUUCCCUUUGUGGCUCUUCUCAAAAGGAGUUUUCUCAGAUGUUACCUAUUCAAGAUAUGGAUAUCAAAAACUCACCAUCUAGCCUUAACUCUCCUGCCUCCUACAACUGCAGUCAGUCCAUCCUUCCGCUGGAGCACGGCACCAUAUAUAUACCUUCCUCCUAUGUGGAGAACCGCCAUGAAUACUCAGCCAUGACAUUCUAUAGCCCUGCUGUGAUGAAUUACAGUAUUCCUAGCAGUGUCAAUAACUCGGAAGGUGGACCUGGUCGACAGACCACAAGCCCAAACGUGUUAUGGCCAACUCCUGGACACCUCUCUCCUUUAGCCAUCCAUUGCCAGUCUUCAGUUCUAUAUGCAGAACCUCAAAAGAGUCCUUGGUGUGAAGCAAGAUCACUAGAACACACCUUACCUGUAAACAGAGAGACACUGAAAAGAAAGGUUAGUGGAAGCAGUUGUGCCAGCCCUGUUACUAGUCCAAGUUCAAAGAAGGAUGCCCAUGUCUGUGCUGUUUGCAGCGACUAUGCAUCAGGAUAUCACUAUGGAGUCUGGUCGUGUGAAGGAUGUAAAGCCUUUUUUAAAAGAAGUAUUCAAGGACAUAAUGAUUAUAUUUGUCCAGCUACAAAUCAGUGUACAAUAGAUAAGAACCGGCGCAAAAGCUGCCAAGCCUGCCGCCUUCGGAAGUGCUAUGAAGUCGGGAUGGUGAAGUGCGGCUCCCGGAGAGAAAGGUGUGGGUACCGCAUAGUACGCAGGCAGAGAAAUUCGGACGAGCAGCUGCACUUUUUGAACAAAGCGAGGAGAAAUGGUGGACAUGUGGGCCGAGUGAAGGAGCUUCUGUUGAGUGCCCUGAGCCCGGAACAACUGGUGCUCACACUCCUUGAGGCAGAGCCACCCAACGUGCUGGUGAGCCGCCCCAGCACACCUUUCACCGAAGCCUCCAUGAUGAUGUCCCUGACCAAGCUGGCUGACAAGGAACUGGUGCACAUGAUUGGCUGGGCCAAGAAGAUUCCAGGCUUUGUGGAGCUCAGCCUGUAUGACCAAGUGCGGCUCUUGGAGAGCUGCUGGAUGGAGGUGCUAAUGGUGGGGCUGAUGUGGCGCUCCAUCGACCACCCUGGCAAGCUCAUCUUCGCUCCAGACCUCGUUCUGGACAGGGAUGAAGGGAAAUGUGUGGAAGGAAUUCUGGAAAUCUUUGACAUGCUCCUGGCAACAACUUCAAGGUUUCGUGAGUUAAAACUCCAACACAAAGAGUAUCUCUGUGUCAAGGCCAUGAUCCUCCUGAACUCCAGUAUGUACCCUUUAGCUGCAGCAACUCAGGAGGCUGAGAGCAGCCGGAAGCUGACUCACUUACUGAACGCCGUGACCGAUGCUCUGGUCUGGGUGAUCGCCAAGAGCGGCAUCCCCUCCCAGCAGCAGUCUGUCCGCCUGGCUAACCUCCUGAUGCUCCUUUCUCAUGUCAGACACGCCAGUAACAAGGGCAUGGAACACCUGCUCAGCAUGAAGUGCAAAAACGUGGUCCCAGUCUACGACCUGCUGCUGGAGAUGCUGAACGCCCACACAUUUCGUGGGUGCAAGUCCUUGGUCACAGAGUCUGAGUGUAGCCCAGCAGAGAAGAGUAAGAGCAAAGAGGGCACUCAGAACCCGUCUCAGUGAUGACCAGCCCGGAGGUGAACAGGCUGCAGAGGCAGCGGCUGAAGCAUGAACUCCAGUGCAAAUCGUGAGCCCCAUCGGGAUGGGCGGCCUUCGUCUUUCUGUGUGGUCUCUCCUUAGUUAUGGUGGGUUCAGUCUGUACCAUCCUUUCCCGGCCUCCCUUUCCCAGGAGUCAGGUGAGAAGGCCAGUUUUCCUUGUUAUUAGGGGACGUGUUGGAAUGCAGUUUUUCUUGCUGGUCCCUUUUACUUUCCAUCUCUUUACCAUCCCUUUGGAAAAAACAUUUUAGAGGUUUUGGAAUGAACGGUGGAAGUCUGAUCUGGAAGAGUUGAGAGAACGUGGCACUUAAAGGAAGUGGACUAACCUUUAUUGAGCAACCUAACCUGCCUUUUUGGAUAGACCUUUGUAAGCUCUUUCUGGACCACUUGAUUGUAGGGCUGAAAACCACGACGGCCAUCAACGAAUAGCGUUUCACAUACCUGCCUCACAGGCUGGUGAGGACUGAUGUCAGGGCGGUUGUUCUGUUGAAGGACAGAGGGGUUGUGACCUGGGGAGCCAGUGGUCAAGCUGGGACGUGAGCCAUGUUCUUCCCCAGACCUUGCGGCCAUCUCCAUUCCCUCCUGAUGUGCACUGAGAGCCUGCUAAUUAUUGGGGGGCGGUGUGUGUGUGUGUUUGUGUGUAUGCUCACUCUCAUGGAGAACUGUGGAGAUUUAAAUCUAUCUGCCCCUGGAGUUGCUCUUCCUUAAAAACUCUCUUGUCCCAAGGGGCCUGGUUUGUGUGCUGGAGAAGGCUCUUGUGUUUGCAGGAAUACGGUCCUAUCCUGUGGGUAUGGGUGACAGCCGCGUUUUCCUAGGCAGCCAUAGCGGCCACAUCAGCCACCCAGAAACAGGGCUGUGUGUGUGCAAGGCAUACUGUUCCACAGAAGGAUGAAUUGCUAGUGUGUCAGGUUCAGGGUCAAACUGUGUCGAUUUGAUGAGCGCACCACUUGAACAAGACCUGGUUUGUGAACUUGACUUAAAAAAAAGAGAAUAUUUAGUAAUUAUUUAUAACAAAAAGAAUUUGUUUACACCCUAGGGCUCUUUUAAAAUAUUUUCUUAUCAGAAUAUUUAUAUGGUGGACAGGGUGAAAUAGAAACUUAGUAAAAUAUUAGUUCUUAUUCCAAGUAGAACAUAAAUAGGACAUGAUGAUAAAGCACCUCAAAUUACAAUUUUAACUUUUUAAAAAUGGAAAUUUUCGUAAAUUUUCAGGAACAUAGUGAAUGUGUAAAAUGAGUUACAUCUAUGUUUUGAAAGUGAGCAAUUAAUCAUGUGCAAUUUUUGUGGUUUUAAAAAAAUUACCUUAUGAUAUGAGAUUAAACACAUUUUCUUUUUGAAAAUAGGUUUACUUUGGUUAGCACGUUCUGUAUUUACUAAGUCAUUAGGGUAAUUCAGUGUUAUAAAGGUUGGUUUCUGCUAGUGAGACAGACCUUGAAUAAGUCUUAAUUUUGAUACUGGUGCCAUUUUAUUAAAAGUUGAGCAGAACUGUUUCAGAAACACUGGGCCAUUUACCUAGAGAACACACCAUUGUCUGUAGUCUGAGGUGGUCUGAAAUUAUUCUUAGUGACUCCAUGUUACUGCUUUAGUGAGAUUCAGUACAGAAAAUAAGCUUGAUUUUAUAGGGACCAAGGAACCAGUGUUAUCCAGGUCAAUUUUCUUUCUUUCUGGGUAGUUUAGAAUCCCCCAUGACAAAUACAGGGGGGGAUGUGAGGCUGGAGUGGGAAGUGGGAGGCAAAGGCAGCAGCCCUGAACAAUUAUUUACUGAUAUAGUUGUAUUUAUAAAAGAGAGACCAGGUUAAAAAAAACAAAAAACCAGAAUGAGGUCCAAGCCAUUGCCCCAUUAGUAUAUAGUAAAGUUCUUUAGGUUGAAUUUUGAUGCCCAAUGGAGACACCAGACUGGACUCAGGUGCUUAUCCAGAGUUGUGGGUGCUCUUAUGAAAGCUCACUGGUGCCCACGGCUCAUUGUUCAGCUAUUCCUGCAUGGCCCUCAGGCUGCUCCUCCCUGCAUUUGGAUUUAGCGCGCCAGGAGGCUGUAACAUUUUGUCAGUUUCUUCUUGGCUCAGGACUCACUUGUGUGUGCUGAGAAUACAGGUUAGUCUAACCUGAGGCCUCCUCGGUACGGUCUAGACUGGGUCUGGGCCAAGUAGGCUGUUGAGAUAACAUGGUCCAUAGUUGAAAGGUAUUCUUUGUUGUUUUGAAUAUUCAAGGGCCCUUUCCCCUUUCAGAUGAAAUGUUUUGAGUCUCUGUGCCCAUCUGCUCCAAAAAUGUCCUCUAAGACAUUUAUAAGAAGAAACCAGUGUGCAAGGUCAGGCUGCCAUUUUUACAUGUUUUGGGUAAACCCCUCAAUGUCCAUUUUAAAGAUUUCAUUUUAAUAGCACUUUCUUUUAAAUAUCAUCUUUUUGCAGGGUAUCCAUCCCCUCAAGUGGUCCAUGGGCAACUUAAAAUUCUCCCAAAGUUAUGCAAGGAUUUCAGUGUUUUCUGGUCCAGUUUUUAAAAGGAAUUAACUAGGGGGAGUAGGAUCUGACAACUAUAGGCAGGAACUGAGUACUGAAAAACAAAAAACCCACCCAACUCCACUUUAUGUGUGAUGAGACAGAGAUCUACAGCUUUGCUACAAACUCGUGGAAAGAUUCCUAUCCUCUGUUUUGAUACUUAUGUGAUCAUUUAAUAUGAGAAACUUCUUUUGUGGGAAAUGAGUGAGAUUUGGGCUUAUUUCCAAACACUAGGGUCUAAUAUGGAGUCAUGUAGACAAAUUUCAAUUAAUUACCAUGGAAUAUUCUUAAUACAGAGGACAUUAGAAUAGUGUUCACUCUGGUUCCUCAGAGAGAGCUGGCAGUUCCUACAGAGGACUCAUGGGCACUCCCAGGGAGCUGCACAGGGAGUUUUCACAUGUUCUAACCACACCUUCCUCUGUCUGGCCUGUCACAUGCUCACUGUCCCUACAAAGGAGUCAACCCUAAAAUAAUUUUGAAGAGAUUUUCCCGAAACAUUGAGGUGGGAACAGAAGAUUAUCAGUUGUCAGCCUAGUAACAGAUCUGGAGGUUGAUCGUAUUAAAAACAAAACAGUGCAAAAUCAAAAGCUCGGCAGUGAGAUUGCCAUUAUUUGGGUUGUUUCACCUGCUAACUCAGCUAGAAGGGCAAUUAUUUUAAAUUUCAGCAAGAAAGAAUCAGUUUGCAUUUCUUGGCAGAGCUACAUUAUAUAGUCAUAGACAUAAGCCAAGUUGAAGCAAUUCUAGAAUUUUCCAGCAUGUGACAAUCAAGUUUGGUUGUACUUAAAUUUGCUAAGGGACUUGCAUAUAUUGGCAUCUUUUCAGGGUGAACCUUCUGUUUCUAGGUCUGUUUUGAAACAAAACAUUUUUAUUAAGAUUUGACACAUUUCUUUAAGCCACUAAAAAUCUUUAAAAACAUAGUAAAAGGUUAUGUGAAGGAAAUGGUAAAAAUACAUUGUUUAGUACCUAAAAAUAACAUUUGAGGAACACUUACUAUGUGCCAGACAGUUCUCAUGCCUCAUCCACCCCAGUUAAUCCUCAUAGCAAUUACUGUUGUCCUCUUUUUCUGGCUGUGGAAACUAGAGAGUAUAAGCAAACUGGCUCAAGAUCACACAGGGAGUGUCAGAACUAAACAUACACAGUCGAAGUUCCAGUGCUGAAAGUAACCGUGCAGUUUAACUAGUUAAAAAGAAAACUAAAGAAUAUAUUUAGACUGCAGAAUCCAUUUACCAAAUGCAAUCUGACAAGCAUGGCUGCUCUGAUUUAAGUGGGCCCACUAGUGGCACCCCCGGCCCCAAUUUCUGGAACACUUUUGCAGACAUAGAAGUUCAGUCCUAUCUUUUAUGCAUGUGUAAAUUAAAGCCCAGAGGGGUAAGCUGACCUGCUCAAGGUCAAUAAAACUACACCUGACAGUUUAGACCAGAAUUCAAGUCUUCUGUGUGCCAGGCUAGCACUGUUCCUGCUGCAGGACUUGCUUCUGUAAGAGUCUGCUGUUCAAACUGAAUUUCAGUGAGAAAUGGAGAGAUGGCUAAAUUACAGUUGCCUUUAGAUCCUACCAUCGUCUCAGCCUAGACGGGGUCUGCAUGAACCUUUACAGAACAGCAGCCAUGACAGGUGGACAAAAGGAAGAUUUUGUUAUUCCAGUCUUCUCAUCCGGGGCUCAUCAGCUAGUAGCUAGUACUGCCAUAACCUACUUCUAUCUGUUACUGCUUCCCCCAGGUACAGUUCCUUGGAAGUUUACCCAUGUAAAACACAUCUUUUAGGCACCGAUGCAUCCCCGUGGAGUCUGGUUUCCUAUAGUGUGAAAUACAUGCCAUUUAUUCUCUGUAGCUCUCAAGUUGCUGGAAUGUGUGCUCUAGUGGCAGCUCUACAGAAAUGCAUUCUUUGCGAUUUGUGAUCUUCUUAUAACCCUUUCUGUUGCUUUGGAGUUGAGGAUCCUAUUAAUUUGUGGGCCAGUCACUGGCGAUGGUGGUUUUCUUUUAUGGGAAGGGCAAGGGCAAGGGCUUGGGCUUGCCCAUGCUGGCCCUGAACAGCUCCUGUUAACUGCACAACCUAUGCUGCUGCAUCUGUUCCUCUAAGUGCUCAACUCUCAGUCCUGUGUACCUCAGAGACUAUCGGCUGGAUGUCAUUUUUUUCAGAUGAAUGCUUAGUAUCAUUAGCAGGCUUUUAAAUUUGGGCCUUUUUACAACUGAAUGUUUGCUGUUGCGUGAAAGAAGAUUUUGAGGUCUGCUUUCCGUUCCUCCAGGUACCACUUUUUCUUUGCUGUGUCCCUUUACUGUUAAUGGAACUGUUGCAGAAAGAAGUUUAAUGUCACAUAAGCUAAAUAAAGUGUUUUUCAUAAUUUUGGUUUUAAAAAUGUAUUUGUUGGGAGUUGAGUGUAAGAAUUUUCAGGGAUUAAGCUAAGUAGUGUUGCCAUUCUAUUCUGAAUUCUAUUCUACUUUAGGUUUGCAGAGCCUUUUAAGAAUUUAAUAAAAACCACGGACGCUCUUCCUGGAAAAAGGUACAUAAAACAAAUGCUUGCAUCCAAUUUCAAGAGAGUUAAGAAUCUCUGACUUAUGCUGCUGAAGGCUUUUUAAACAGUGCCAAUCCAAUCUUUAGUCAGCUGAUCUCACUGUGAUUUAAGACAACAGGUGCUGUGUGCUCCAGUAAAAUGCAGCCUACAAAUAUAAAUAUAUAAAUGGGUACAUUUUCUGUAAUUA